AUGGAGAGGAGGGUAGGGGAUGAUGACCGAAAGGCGGAGGGAAUAGCAGCAAACAGCGAUGGAAGGAGAACGAGAAGAGGAAGAAAAGGCAGGAGAAGGGAAGCAAGAGGCAGGGAACAAAGGAGCGAGAGAGAGAACAAAAAGAAAGGGAAGGAGGGCGAGAGCCACGCCAGCGAGGGAAGGGAGAGGCACAGAGAGGAGGAAGAGAAGAGAGGGAAGGGCAGACGAUGGAAGCCGCGAGAGGUGAGGGAGAAGGAGAGAGACGGUGGGGGCAGGGGUGGCUGA